GUGUAGAGAUGUUCCUUAGGACCAACAUUAUCCCCUCCACUUUUCAGGAAAUUAUCGCCUAACCGAUGCUCACAGCACAUAAGCGCUCAAAGCGAACGUAGCCUGUACCUAGCGCACAAUCGUUUGUCUGUCGUUUAUCAUCCGUUCGAUGUUACUGGGGGUGUCAAUAUUUUUUUGACAUGUCACCGCAUUACUAUGUUUGCCUUUCACACCUUAUCCAUAGCUUUUCAUUCAUAAUGUGUUAAACAUUCUCAAGAAUCGACGGGCGUGCAUUCUUAAUUCAGGCUGACUGAUUUUCCAUGUCGUGCGUGUGUCACGUCGAUUUCAAAUUGAUCCGCUCCGCUGAUGUCGCGAAGAUCAGCGGUAUUCUGAGAAUAGCAAUGGGAAACUCAUCUGAUUUUUGACAGAAGUUUCAGUCACGACGAAUUCCCGCGAAAAUCGCAAGCGGAUUAUGGAUUUUCGUCUGUGCUAAAUAUAGCAUUGACAGGCGUCGCCGUGUCGCGCUGUCAGUGAGAGUGGACGAAAGGGAAUGCGGACGGUAACCAGUUUGUGUAAAAAUGUAUAUAAAAGAUAAGUAAACCAGGGAAGCUGUAAAUAUGAUAGUGUAGUCACCUAUACAAAAUGAGAUUCAACAAGCAAGAAUUAUUGACACUAGCUACUCAGCCUUCACAGAAAUUCGAAAAGGAAGGUAUCCUGUAUGUAAGAGAGCGGCAGGAAGGCUUCUUUCGCAAAACAGAAAGUACAGGUAAAAAACCAGAGAACAAAAAUCAAAGAGGAAAAUCGCAUAAGAGUCUACGAGACCUCAAUUGCGUUACAGCCGGCGUGAGCAAAGUAAGUCUCGAACGAUGGUGCAGGCUACGCGGCAACCUUUUGUUUUAUUUCAAAUCGCGGGAGCAGUGGUCGGAGCCAUUGGGGGUGAUCAUACUGGAGCAGUGUACGGUCCGCGUGGAGCCGCCCAGCAAUCACGUUCCUUACGGAUUCAGUAUAGUUUUCGACGGAGGCUUGUUUCAACAGUUAGGCGCCAACACGGCCGAGGAAAGGGACAGUUGGUUGCAGGCGCUGCAGUUAGCCAGCUACGAGUGCAUGCGGAGCCAAUUGCUGUCAUUGCGGCAGCGCAUAGAGGCGUUCAGUGGUCACAAGCACGAUACCGAUAUUCAGAUGUUACGGUUGCAGCGCGGGACUUUUACAGAUCCAGCGGAGGUACCGAUGUGCGAAAUAUCGUUAGCCUGCGACAAUCUGCUAUGCGACGGACACGGUCGACCACCUACACCCGUUUUAGAGAUAGAUGUACAGUCAAAAUCUUCCAAAACUUGGAUUAAGUAUGCACGGACAGAAGUCGUGGAGCGGAGUAGUAAUCCCAGUUUCUUAACUACGGUGAGUUUCCGAGCGAGCGAUGGCUUGACGACCGAAACAAAAAUUAGAAUAACUGCGUAUGACAUUAGGGAAAGAGUUAGCCAAACCGCAACUCCGAUAGGAAGUGCGAUAGUGACGUUUAGCACGGUGCAGGACACCCCAAGAUUAAGGAUACCAUUAAAAUCAGCAAAAACAACAACUGUCGGAUUCUUAACGAUCAACGUGUGGAAUCUGGAAGCCGAGGACAAAGGAAAUAGCACAGAGAGCACGCCGUCGAGAAAUGCAAUAUAUGGCAAUAACAACCAACAACAAUUGCCUUCGCACAGGCGCUCACAGUCGUUACCUCCCAGAUUAGGGACAAAAAUAAAGUUCCCGCAUCAAGGCCAGUUAAAAUUGCUCUUUGCGAAUCCAUAUGUACAGACUUACCGGUUCCAUUCCGGAUUAGGCGGUGAUAUAUGCGUACACGAGAUUAUGGCUGAGAGCAAGUUGUGCUUUCAAUUUCCUCAACACCUAUUAGGUAUCUGGAUACAGGAAGAAAAGGAGCUGUUACAGGAGGUAGCUGGAAUGGGAGAGCUAAGAGAACCUUGGCACACGAAGCAAGUUGAAUUGCUUGAUCGCCAUCUUCACUUGCUACAUUUGUAUUCUCAAGCCAAAGAAAAUUUAGCUGCCUAUAAAGGAAGUUAUUUUAAGCAAUCAUCACGAAAGAACGAUCGUACUCUUGAAUUCGCACCUCUCAAUUUACACCUUCAAAGAAUGUGGGUUCACAACGAUACGCUGAACAAAUGUGGAUUUUACGACUUUAUUAGCGUAGGAGCUUUCACCGCGCAUUCUCACAAAAGUAAAAACGGCGGACUGAUAAGAUUGGUGCAGGCGUUGAAAGAAUCGCCGAUACGGGGUAAUCAGCUGUAUCAAGGAACAUCUAAGAUAAUGAUGGCACACGAUGCGAUUCAAGCGAUCAAGCAACUGCGCCGAGACGUCGUAGAAGCAAUGAGAUCACUAAUGAAGCUCGCUAAAGAGAAGCAAACGAGCGGUAUGUUACCGAUAUGUGAGGAUAUGAUUACGAAGACUCGAAUUUUACUCAGUCUGUGGGAUCCUGGAUUAGUGGAGGAAGCAUUAACAUUUCUGGAAGAAUAUAAAGUCGCAAAAGUCCAAGAGUCGGCGUCAACGACUACAGACGACACUUUGACGUUGGAAUUUAAGACAAACCAAUCUCUAUCGCCGUUCAAACGAAUUACACAACAGUUGAAUUUCGAUUUGAAAAGUCCCGACUUUGACGAUUUCAUCACACCCGACACUCCCGAGUGCGUACAGGACAUUUGGUCCAAGAGUGGCAUGAGAAACGGUGAGUAUGCUCCGUUAUCGUACACGAGAAACGAUAUGGCCAACAGUAACGUCGACGAGGGCGGUGAUGCUGUAGAGGAAAAUUUCGUGAUAUUCCCGGAGGUGGAAGACGAUCCGAAACAGACGGAAGCGGAAACAGGAGAUCAGAACGUUCCGCGAUCUCAAGACUACGACAGAAAGGAGAACUACGAAGACGAGAGAGAAGAUUUAAGAAACGACGCCGAUUUAUGCAAACGUUUUCUUGACACUCAGAAGAUGUGCAACUCGCCAUCGGCAAAUUACUACAAGCCCACGGAUGAGCCAGAGCCAUGGGAUCUCACUCAAUUGAACAUCGAGGCCAGCGUCAUGUGUCUCGUAUCGAAGGUAAAGUUUCUUUGUGGCAGAUGCAGUAGUCCGGCUGUACGACUGCGUAAUAAGGGUAGUAGCCUGAGCAGAUCGCAAAGUCUCAAGAGUUGCCUGCCGAGCAAUCGGCAUAACGCCGAAGUCGUUACCAUACAGCCAAAAAACGGUAUCAAGUGCGAGGAGUCAAACAAAUUGCUGGAAGAAACGAACGACACGUCGUGGCAACAUUCCAGUCCGGGAAUGGAGAAACCGGCGUUCUCCAAGGCAAAAGAAGGGGUAACAGAUACUUAUUGUAACUCGUCUUCCAAUGAAGUGUGCCAAGCGGUCGACUCGAUGACACAAGUGAUCAAAAGUAAUUCGGGACAAAAGAAUAAGUUCACCGAAGGCCUGGACUUUGCAUCCAUUGUGGAUUGGACAAGCGAGCUCAGACCAAGCAUGAAGAAGCUACGGCAGGCCAUGGACGGACUGCUCAAAACCGCCAGAUUGACACAUUCGGUGUUUCGUGUGCAGGAGGAUUCCAAGGCGGCGCAGCGCGCGUGCAAUGUCCGUUAUAGACGGGACGUUUGCUUCAGUCAAGCGUUGACGGCCUUAGUAACCGGCAUAAUGGCGAAACUGUGGUGUCAACGACCUGAUCCGAUGUUUCUACUGAUACUUACAACUUUGGGACCAUUGGUCUCUUUCGAGGGCCUUCUUAGUUAUUACGGAGACGAAAUUGAUAUGUGGGGUGAUAUGGCUGUAGCAGUCGAAGAUACGCACACUGUCACGUUCACUCUGUCUCGAUGUGGCAUUCAACCGAGAGUCGAAGGAAAGUCUAAUAUGGCAUUCCAGCUGCCUCUACCGCGCGUAGUAGGAUCACGGAACGCUCUGACGGUGAUACUCCCAGUUCCGGACGCAAUCUAUUCUCUCCUGCCGUUAGUGCCCUCGUCCAGGCAGACGUUGUCCUUCAACGUAACGCCGAUAUUUUUUAACGUCGGUAUUAACGAGAUGGCAUCUUUAGCUGAAAGCCUCGGCACUACAAAACCGCAAGAGAAGAGUAAUAUGGACAACUUUGACAGACUAAAUGAAUAUUAUUUGAGGUUCAAGAAGUUAAAUUUACCGACGGAACCUACGUCCACGCGUUUUGCCGCUAGAUCGAUCUUAGGCCACACAUUGUCCGAUAUGAUGGCCAACUUGAAAAUGUGUGUCCAAGAAAAAGUGAACAAAAACGUAGAGAUUUUGCAGUUAUCCUCGCAGAUAUGUCGAAGGAUGCGUGGCUUGAGAUUUACCAGUUGCAAGAGCGCAAAAGAUCGAACCGGUAUGUCAAUCACCCUAGAGCAGGUUAAUAUACUCUCGUCGGAAUAUCAUCUGGCUGAACACGAGUACAUGAAGGCUCUCGAUUGUAUGCGAAGUGAGGGUUGCCGACGAGAGAACACAUGGAAAAACAUUGGUGUGCGGAAAUAUGCAUUCAACAGUUUGCAGAUUCUGACGCUGCCUCGAUUUUACCGACCACCAAUUGGCACAUAUGGAUCUGCCCAGACAUAAAAAGAUAAGCUUGAUUGAUAUUACGUACGCGUAUUACAUUACGAACAACUAAGUUUAACACUGGCUGUGUAACCGCGGAUUAAUUUCCGCAAUAAGCGAUAAGUAUUUAUGUACUUGUUACCGGGUAGCGGUACGUUGAAUGGCGAGAAUAGCUGUUCAUAUGUGACGUGAUUCUUUAGGAAAAAUAUCGAGGGCACACUGAAAAGCACGCGACUAGGGAUGGGCAAAAAAAAAUCGAUGUUUAGAAAACAUCGAUGUUCGCUCAUUGAGGAUAGUAUUACAUGUAGAGAAAAUGUUAGGGUCUCUAGAAAUUCUCUAUUCGACAGCCAAUCGGUGCACGACUCUCUACAUGUAAUACCAUCCUCAAUGAGCGAACAUCGAUUCUUUUUGCCCAUCCUUACACGCGACUAGCGCGCGUUAUAAGGUUUGUUCGAGUUGCUUGUACUUUUCACACUUUUACACCUAAUGCUCGUUGCACACUAGUACACCUCAAACACAAAAUACAUUCUGAAGACAUUUUCAGGACGGAGAGACGUUAUCAGAGUAUUCUUAGGACGUUCUUUGAAGGUGUGAAUUGUCUGAAAAUAGCUAAUAUCCAAUAAGUUUAUUCAUAUUAAUUGAACUUUUUACACUUUCACACUUAGUGCACAUUAAUGUUUAGAGGUUCUAAAAAUGGCGUCAUGUUUUCCGUUCGUGU